AAGCAUAUAAUAAUACACAAACGGCACACGGUUUGAGCGCACAGUUAUUCUGUUCGGUUAGUCUUACGUGUCGUUUCGCGUGAGGAUAUCCUACGUCGGUGCGUUUCAAAGCUGCAUUCGAUUUUCGGACGUUAAUAUUUAAAUUUAUUUUGUAUACAAAUUAUUUGCCUGGAAACAAUAAUAUCGAAGCUACCGAGUUUUUUAUUUUACACGGGUAAGAACACAAUAAUUUAUUAUAAGUACCAACAUUUUUUUUUUUUAUGAUAACAUCUGAUAGACUUUUUAAUUACCUAUUUCGUAUACCCUCGCACUGUAUUAAAACGGUUAUUAAUUAUUGAUUAUUGAUGAUAUUAGCAAAUUACUUAUUUUUUUUAAAAAGGUUUUUUUGGAAAUUAAACUUAUUUGUAUAACAGAUGCCUCAUAAUCUUCUAAUUAUUUCAACAAUUGUAUUCAAAAAAUUACUAUAAAUUUAUUCAAAUAUAUUUUUAUUUAGGUACGUACCAUAAUAAGUAUUUUUCGUUUUUUUUUGUUUCUCAAAUAUUCUAUUUGAAUCUGGCACAUCUCAAUUAUCCCGCGUUUCAUUUAUACAACUCCCUCUGUUGAUUUCUAUUUUAACUAUUUCGUUGUAACUGUUUACGUUAUCUAGUGGUGAAAUCUUUAAAAUAAUAUUAUUAUCAAAACAAUUUGACGUAGCCAAUAAUAUAAUACAAUUAUUGUUGAAAAAAAUAAAAUCUAUUGAAAUUAUUGUUUCAAAACUACCAAUAAAGUAAAAAAAAAAAAAUACUCAAUUUAUUAUUAUCCAGUAAAGUUUGAACAAACUAAAAACAAUUAAUGUUAUUAACUUCAGGAAAAAACUCGAAUGUUUACAAAAUAAAUGGUUAUUAUUUUUUUUUUUUAUAAAAUUAGACGCUGAAAGUGAUGGAACUUUUAAAUACAGGGUGUCCCACCGCGUUUUAUCUAUAAUAAAAAUAGAUUUCUUUUUCAAUCGAAUUUUAUUUCAGGGGGACACAUUUACAGAGAAAAAUUAAAUUUCUAUUUUAAUCUCUAAAUCACGGAAAAAAAUAAUUUGAAUUUUUCAGUUUUUCAAAUUUCCAAAAUAGCCAUUUUGUAAAAGAUAUCAUUCUAAAAUUGUUAAUGCACCAUAAUUUCGUAUAUCCGAUGUAUAGUUUUUAAACAAUAGUCGCUUUAAUUUCGAACAUAUUUAAAAAGAUUAGCUAAAGAAGAAAAUGAAAACCCGCCUAUUGUAAGAAUAGUUAUCAGUUGAUAGUUUUAUUACGAUUGUGAUUAUCUAUCGCGUAACGUAGUCAUUUAUUGAAUAUAAUUUUUUCACAUCUCUUCUCUAGAUGUUUAAACGUCUUUUUUACGAAAAUAUUCAACGCAUAUACACGUAUGUUAGAUUAAAAUAAUUGUUGGAAUAAUAUAUAUUACAAAUCGAUUUUUCUAGUAAUUAAGGGGUGAUAAUACAAAUUUAAUUUAUUAACAAAUAUAUGUCUCCUGAAAGAAAAUCCUAUUUGAAAAUAUACACAAAUUGAACAAAAUUGGUAACUUAAAAAUUUGCAUGAAGACAUUGGGACACCUUGUAUAUAUGUAACAUAACACGAAUUUAAAUUGUUAUGCAUUAUUUUAAAAUGACUACAUGUACCUAUCUCAAAAUCACAAAAAUGAUGGUAUAAAAUUACAUUUUAGAUUCCGAGCGUGGCGAGGGAGCAAUUGGUUUUACAAUGCUGUUUAUUUCUUCUUUUUUUAGAUUCCGAGCUUAGCGAGAGAACUAUUGGUUUUACAAAUAUGUUUUUUUUUCGUUCUAGUCUGUGGACACAUUUUUUCCUAGUAAACUUGCUCCAAUUUCUACGUGUAGCAACUUUUCUGAAAGCUCAAGUUGUCUAGAUGGUACUUUAAACAGGUCAUUUUUUGAUUUUCGACGCCAUUUUUUAAAUAAAAGUACUUAAGUGGGAAAAAAACGUAGGAAAACGUACAAUUUCAUGAUUUCAUUAUUUUUUUAAAAACGGACGACGUUUUCUACUAGAAAAAAUAAUUUAACCGAAAAAUCACAAAAUGCCUUUUUGAUUUACUUUCUUACGGUAUCAUCGCCAAAAAUUUUGAGUUUUUAAAGAAAUUUAAUUUUUUUUUGCUGUAAUUCGGUUAUAAAUACACAUAGAGAGUUGAAACUUAGUAAUAACACUUAUAUUGGACUUACUUAGACGUGGUUAAAUUUCCAAAAUCAUCGGAGGACUUUCUUUUUCUUAAUAAACGUUUUGAAAUUAAAUUUAAACGAAAAUCGCAAAAAAAAAUCAUGGCACUUCAAAUUAUGUAUUAUCAAACUGCGCUCGGUAUCGUCUUUCAUCAAGCAAUGUUUUAUCGUUGCUUACAGAUACAAGUCAAAUAACCUUAUGUAUCCUACCACCUUCCCAACUUCUCACCUACAAAAGGUGCUGUACCCGUCUCCAGUAUCAGUUCUUUUUUUUUAAAUGUUAUCUAAAAAUAUGUGAUGACUGAAAAAACAAUAAACAUUAGUAAAAAUAAACUUGGUUUUAUGAAAUAAUAUUUGUGUAUCUCUAUCGUAUUUAAUAGUUUAUUUUAAACUUCGAAUUAUAGAAUAUAUAAAAAAAAAACAAUUAAUUAAUACACAAUAAUUUAUCAAAGUCACUUAAGUUUACGGUGAGCGUAAAGAAUUUGUGCAUAGAGUUCUCUGUGGAACAAUACAAAUUAGAGAUUGAACCGGGUUUCCAUUGUCAAAUAUUUCGGAAAAUAUUCGGUUCGUGUGAACCGGGAUUUAAAUAGUAUAGAUCUCUGCCAAACUAUGAUCAUGUUUAUUUAGUAAUUACAUAGGUAUUUUACACUUUCUCGUUUCUAUCAUAUUUUUUUCAAAUUCAAUUUAAUUCGUUUUAUAAUUCAGUAUACACUAUGCAAUUUAUGAUUUACAUAUAAAUAAUAAUAGCCUUCUGGUAACGAAUACAUUUCCACUGUUUGGCAAAUUAAUACAGUUGACAUUUGUUCGUGUGCUAUUGUCUUCAUUUUUCUAGCUUGUUCUAUAGGUGUUUUCUUCUUUUUGCUUAAUUAUUUUUUUGUUUUUGUACUGGUGUUGUAUUUAAUGGAUAUCUUAUUGUUUCAAACUAAUAUAUCUGUAAUAAUAUUGCAAUACAAACUAGUUUAAAAAGUAAAAGGAGAAACAAAAUCACGCGAUCAAUGGGAAUUGUAAUUUCGGACCUUUACCGACACUUCACGAUUCACGAAAAUCAUACAGGGUUCGAUUGAACUACGAGUGUAUUUUUCAUAUCAUUCUACGUUUAACCGGCAUUCGGACUUUUACCUAACAUUUACAUCAGUAUUAACUAUUAACUGUGUAAUAAAACUGUAACUAUAUGUUCAACUUUCUCCGUCCAAACGAUUUAUAUACAUUUUAAUUAUUAAAAUUACCGUUAUGUUUAACUAAACUAUACCUGUAUUAUUAUUACGACGGUUAUAUAUUGUACACACAUUUUAUUUCGGUCGUUUUAUUAUUUGUUAUUAAUUAUAAUACCUAAUAAAGAUAAAUUCAAAUAUUUCAUUAUGUAAUUUUACUCUACUUUUAUAUUAUAUACCUACAUAUUUUACUAUCAGUGCCUAUAAUGUAAACGGCAUUAUAUUGAAAUUUAAAUAGGUGCACUCGGUAAGCUAAUUAUUAAUCUUAAAAGCGCAUAAUAUAUGUGAAAUACCUACCUGUAACGUAUAUGUAAAUCAAAAUAAUAAAAAAAAAAAAAAAUUUCAAAAAUACGCCGAUAAAAGUUUAUAAUUAUACACGUGUAUGCGUGUAUGUCUACCUGAUUAUAUAGUUUCAGGCAACGUACGUACGAUCCGAAUAACCUCCCCCCCUCUUCCUGCCUAAACGAGAAUUUUAAUAAUAACCGUGCCGAUUUGAACAAUAUGUACAUCGUGUAAUGUUAGCUCGUAGGUAUUACAUUCACAUUAGGUAUUUACAAUAAAUUUCGUAAAAUGCAUUAUAGACGAGAAGAUUUGACUGUCUCGUAUUCUCACGCCGUCGUCAUCUCGCCCAUCAUUAAGUCCGGGUUUCGUCGGGAACGAGCUGGUGGUUCAACGGAUCCCAGGCGAUAAUUAUAAUAUCGUUUAACGGCGCGGGCGGGAUUCGUUUAUAAUUUUCGGUACGUUUGCGUUUCAUUUAAACGAGUUCGGAGAUUAAGGAUAUUAUCUUUUGUUUCGCGUAUCGGGACAUUUUUUUUUUUACUUAAGAGUAUCGUGUCCAAUAAUACGGGCACACAGUAAAGUCCGUUGAUCACUCGGGUGAGUUAGAUCAUUUUGCUCGCAUGCGCGUCUACUAUAACCGUGUGUUAGUUUAAUAUAUUAUCUAUUAAUAAUUACCGAUACUAAUUAUAGUAUCAUAUAGUAUACACAAUCCAUAGAAGAGAAUUGCAUCUGUGACAAAGUAUAUUGUAUGUAUUUUGUUGGUAAAAUUUAGUACAAACGUUUUUUUAGAAAUCAUAAACUUCCACAAUUUUAUAUAUUAUGUGUUACAAGUGGUCAUAAAAUAAAAUUGAACAGAGUUUCGAAAAAAAUAAAACGUUUCGUCACUGAUAAUAUUCUCCUCGAUAUAAAGUGAACAUUUCGUGUGCUUAUAUUAUUACUAUUUUCAUUUUGCCACUAUAAGUAUUUGUGACGAUGAUACGGGAUCGCUUUUGAAUUUAUUCGAAUGUGAGUUUGGACUUUUAUAGUUUGAUCGGUUUCCCUUUUUUUUCCCGAUAAUUUCGUUAAAAGUGCCUACUACACGCAAACUCUGAAAAAUGGGAUGCAUUCAAUUAGGAGUUAAAUACAAAUAACAUUGUCAAACUUAAAAGAUAAUUUUAUAGCCACGAAUUAAAUACAACGCCCUCGCGAAAAAAUACUCUGUAGCAAAAAGUUUUAAAAUUGACUUUCGACGGUAUUUACUUCUGCCGUUUUUUUUUUCUACUUGUACCUUUUGUAUUGUAGUGUGUGUUUUUUUAUUUGUGUCCGAUUUUAAUAUAUUAUGACCUACAAAUGACCAUGCCAUAAAUUAUAUGAUAAUUGUUUUCGAAUUUGUCUCAUUCAUUAUGUAUGAACGAAUGAACUUGUGUAUGCUUCCCGUUUCGCGUAUUUUAAAUUUCAAUAUUAAUUAUAUUUACCGUUAUAUUGGCUUAUUUUACUAACAGAUUACAAAUAAAUCCCAUUGUAUUGUUUCUUAUUAUGGUUUUUUAAAUUAAAUUUCAAAGACAUUUUCAAAAUUUAACAACUAUUUUUAUGUUUUGUAGAAUCUGCAUGCUGUAUAAGAUGGUUUACAUAUUCAUCUAUAAAAUUUGAUAAACAAUGCAAAAUAAAUGCUAAACGAAUAGGUAAUUUAAAUUAUAAUAGCACCCUACCCCCCAUUCCGAGUUUAAUGAACGAGAAGCAAAAUAAAAGCUCGCAUUGUGGUAUUUUAUGAUUUUUUUUAUUUUUUAUUUUUAUUAUUUUCUAAAUUCAAUCCGGUCGGCAUCGGUCGACUAUUUUAUCCGUACGUAUAUAAAUUCGUGUGUGUAUGUUUCGAUAAAACAUGUUCGAUAAUGUUCUUUAUUAAUUCCCAUGUUAAGAAUUUAUCGUUACAUAAUAUAUAUAUCCAAUAUCGUGUCUUUCGAUCAUUUUAACAAUCAAUUGCGAUUGCAAUGUUAUUUAUUACGUAAUUUGUAUAUGGAUGGCUUUUAAUACCAAUAUUAUAGAUAAAACUUUGGCGAGCGGCAACGUUUGUUGUAAUAAUAUGAUAUUUAAUAUGUGAUAAGUCUAAUCGAUUGAUUUGACUGAACCGAACAGACUGAAUGAACGUGUCCUCAACGAGAAAAUAAUCUGUGUAAUUGACAACCAGUGAUUAAUGUGAUUAUUAAUUAAUUAAUCAAUGUUAUUACAGUUAUUAUCAGCAUAGUGUGAUAAUAUGUACCUAAAUAAACAAAAUAUAUUUUGCACUAACAAUGAAUUAAACAUUAAUUAUUUUAUUUAUGUUGAGUGUUGUUAUUUCUGUAAGGAUGUUGUAUUUUUUGAUACUUGAAACGCUAAUGAUUAAAGUGUUAAUUAAUUAUUAAUCAUUGACUACUAGUCAUCCAUUCAAUCAGAUUACCUAAUUAGACUUGCUCAUAUUCGAUAGCGGUGAUGUUAUUUUCUCGAUGACUAUCACCAUAUUCAGUUCAGUUAGAUCAGUCUUUUAGACUUACCCUAUUAUAUGAUCCUCGAUUGUAUCUCUUAAAUUCAAUACAAUUGCCUAGAUUAGGUAUUUUAAAAUAAGUUAUUACUCGUGUUAUCCACUUCAGAAAACAAAUUUGUAUUAAUACUAACUAAACACAAUUGUUUUAAGCACUUCUUAAAAAUUCUUAAACCAUAUAGAUUUUUUUAUUUGUUGAAAAUAAAUAUGAUUUUCUAUAGUGCAAUGCUCUGAUUAUAUUUCAAAUAUGUUUCAACACGUUUAAAAUAAUAUUAAAUUUCAUCUAAAUUAGAUUUUUUAUGACGACAGUUUUGUUCACUCUGCUUUAGUAUAUACCAAGAGUAUGUCUGAAUUAAAAUUGCACGCCAGUCAUCGUUGUGUUACUAAAAGACAAUAAACAUCUAUAAUUAAUAAACGUCCGUUUUUAUCUUCUCAAAUUGAUCACAACAAAUUAUUAAAAUUCCCUUUUUUUUCUUUUUAAAAUUUCUUUAUCUUCUUAUUUGUCGUACCUAUAUACUUACUAAGUUUACCAUUAUAUUAAUUAUUUAUUAAUACUCAAUAUAUAAAAAAGGGUCUUGUUCGUUAUAAAUAAAUAAAAUAAAAUGCAUUAUACUUCAUAUUAUGUUAGCUUAUAAUAUAAAAUAAAUAAACCUAAUUAUAUUGUAAAUAGUUUACAAUAUGGCACAUGUUUAUUUGAUUUUAAAUUCCUAAUGAAUUCCUAAUUAGUUUUACUGAGAUAUGGUGUUUUUUCUCUGAGGAACACUUUAGUUAGUAAAAAUCAUCCAAUUUUUUUUCUCGGCGUACAUUAAAAGAUGUUGGUACUUUAUUUGAUUAUUUUUUCUAGAUUCCUAAAGGUUUUCUAUAAACAUUUUUUUUAAAACCGAUAACAAAUGACGAUGUACAUAUACUUUGGUUUUAUGUUUGUUGGUUUCUGGGUUACAGGGGAAAACAAAUCUGCCUGAAACUAUAAUCUUACCUUUUUACCGACCUUCGUUCAGAAUAGUUUGUCAAUCGAAACUUUUAUUGUAUUUUCUUUUUAUAUAUCACCCUAGAUAAUGUCUUACAAUUUCCAAACUUUGCACCAAAAAAAGUGUGACUCUCGUGUACCCAUGGUGUAAAUAGUAUGUCCCGUUUUUUUUUUUUUUUCUCAAUAAUAUGUAACGUCUUAAAUAUAUGUAGUGUAGUGUAUGCUAUACUACAGUUAUACAAAUCGUAUACAAACUAAAAAGGUUAUGUAAUUAUUGAAACCAUAAUAUUCUGUUCCCUGUUAAAUAUAGACGAUAAAAAAAAAAAAAAAGAUAAUAUUUUUAUGUAAUACGUUGUAUACCUAUGUGUUGAAAAUAAAACAAAAGAGACGCAUGGAUAAUUUAAUGAAAAAAAAAAAAAAUAAUAAUAAUAUUUAGGUACGGCUAAUAUAUAAUAAAAUUAUCGUCGAACGGCAAUCGGUUUUGUACGGAAAAUGUGCGUGACAAUAUUAAUAUCGACAAAAAUAUAUCGCGUAGGUGAUUUCAGUGCGCGUGCAUACAGGGCGUGGACACUAAAGUCUGUACACUCGUAAAAUAUGUCGAAUGUUCGCGGUACGCUCUGUAUAAUAAUAAUAUAACAUGUCUACCGCAUGAUGAUAAUAUUACGUUGUACAUUACAUGUGUGCAACGCGUAUACUCUGCGGACUGUUGGCACAUAUCUCCGUUCGUUGGUGGCCACAACGACAAAAAGAAACGGGGAGGGGGAAAAAAAAAAACCAAUAAUAUUUAUAAAACCGUCACUGUUGUAUAGACGAAGUCGCCUGCUGUUGCGUUUUUCAGUGUUCAGCGUGUACAGCUCUCGCGCGACAAACUUGCUCACGUGAACAGCGCGUGUGGAUGAACGGACGUUAGUAUUUGUAUAAAAUGUAAAAUCGUAUUUAUUUUUUAUUUUUUUUUUUUUUUUUUCAUACCCCGAACUUUAUAUAACGUACGAAUAUUCGUGUACAGCACACGUACUCGUUCGAUAAACAAAAACGAAAAAAAAUCGGAAAAUUUUCCUCGUUUACGAUAACUGAUAUUUUAGUAUUUACCCAACCGUAUGCGCCUAUACUCUGUUAUGUUAUACAAUAAUAAUCUUUCAAAACGGCCGAUACUUAUUACGAUGAAAACGAAAAAAAAAAAACAACAAAACGCAUUGAAACGCCGACAUUUGUGCCGAUUCGUGCACGUUUUGAAGACGACCUCUACUCUCGUCGACGUUACAUUGCCAUCGUGCAAUAUUAUAUCCGCCAAACAGUCGAUUCGAAUCGAUAAUGUUUACGUUUCGGAAAACUCAGGCCGAGUGCUGUGCCGUCCAGAAUUCCGUUGCCCGCGAAUCGUAUACACAACAGACGGUUCGCGUCUCUAUAACGGGGAUGCCGGUCUUUUCGUCCGUUUUCGCCGUAGUAUCGCUCGUACAAACGGCUGGCGAAAUGUAAAAUGUCGUUCGCGGCGGUCCGUUGACAACACCCCCCCGUUGUUGUCGUCCUGGUCGUCGCAUCGCGAACCGACGUGGUAUUAAACUCACGGUUCGUUGUCCGCGUACGUGCAUACGCGUAGUGGUUUCUUCCGAUGUUCAAAUUUGUAAACGAGAUGUGCCUAAUCAUUUUUAAACCGCGUUGUAAUUUCGCACACUCGUGAAAAAAUUAACGAGAAAUAAUCAUUAUUGGUGCGUAUGCAAAUGCAGGAAGUGCGUGUUCGCCCUUUAUGUUCGAUAAUUGUUCGAUUCAUUUGUAAUAUUAAAAUUAACUGGCCGAACUCGAAUUUGUACAGCCACGUGCCGUGCGCUCUUCAGACGAAGACGGCAGACGCAUGACGUGCAACGUUCUCUAGUCUUGUCCGUAUAGAAACGUUAAAAUCUCGCGCGACCACAUGAGUUCAUAUCAAACAUAAUUGUAUACAGAGUGUCCUAUGCGAAGAUAUACCCACUGUAUUAUCCCCGGGGAUAAUAAAGAUAAUCAAAUUCUGUUUUUUUUUUUUUUUUUUGUACACAUUUAUUACUCGCUGGGAUCAGCACUAGGUACAAUAAUAUUUAUAUUGCAAUUAAUUUUUUAUGUUUUAGUAAAAAAUUUAAAAAAAUAACUUUACUUCAUUGUUUUUGAAAAAUUUGAAGAUUUUUAUAUUUGUAUAGAGUUUAUUUGUCUGAAAUUUGUAUUUUUAUUUUCAUUAAAUUCAUGAUUUUUAAUAAUUUUUUAGAGUUCAGAGAAAAAAAGUGUACAUUCAGUUGAUAUUAAUAAUAAUAAUCAUUUAGAUAAUGUAUUUACACAGCCUGUUGCAUAUAACUAUAGGUAUUUUUCUCUGAACUUUAAAAAAUUAUUAAAAAUUACGAAUUUAAUGAAAAUAAAAAAUUGAUGCAUUAAAAUUUUCAGAAAAAUAAACUCUAUAAAAUGAUUAUCUCCAAUUUUUUUAAAAAUGAUAAAAUAAAGUUAUUUUUUAUUAAAAUAUAAAAAAUUGAAUUUCAACAUAUAUAUUUACAGUCCUUAUCCCUGUGAUUAAUAUAUAUAUAUAUAAAAAAAAAAACAGAAUUUGAUUAUCUUUAUUAUCUUCAGAGAUAUUACAAUGGGUAUAUCUUCAUGGGACAUUCUGUAUAGGUUUACAUAAUUUAAUUACAGAUUAGUUUUGUAGCGCUCGUCCAAUCGGAAAAUCGUUAUUUUUACUCUGCUGACAAGCAUUUUAACAGCCUGAACACGAGAAGAAUAAAACACCAUUCAAUCGAUUUUGUUAUUGAUCUAAUAAAUGUAUAAUACAUUACAUUGUAAUAUUGAUAACGAUUUUACUGAUAUGUAAUAAUAAUAAUAAUAAUAAUUAACAACUGCUGCACGCCUAUUAUUUAUUUUCUAAAACGUAGUAUAAUUUUCUUAUGAAAGUCAUAUCGAGUAUUUAUCUUAAAAAAAAAAAAAAACCAGACUUCUAUACCGUCUACUGCGCAUACAAUGUUCAAGGUGAAUUGAGUAGUCCGUUUUCUAAAUUUAUCACAUUUUAAUAAGAAAUAUCAUCAUCAUUGUAAAAAUGCUAUAAGGCGUGAUUUAAUCAGACUAUUGGUGACUAUAGUCCAAUAACAUUUUAUAGCACAUUCGAAUUCCUUGCAAUAGCUAUAUUACUUAUAGAUUUGUUUUAGAACUUAAUUAACAAGUCGUUAAAAAACAACAAAUUUAAUAGGUUAUCUACACAAUACAAGGUUAUCGAAAUAUCAUAUAAUCAGGCGAGUAUAGGCAGAUUUUUUUUAAAUUUUAUCCUUGACUAUAGGUAGGUACACAUACAUUAUAAUAGCGUGCCCCCAUAUUAAAUUCCGAGUUUACCGUGGACAGGAAACGACUAUUACUUUUACACUGAUAUUUUAAAGAUGUUUUCGUCCCGAAAACAUUUUCUCGGUUUAAUUUCUCGCGCUAGCCGAAGAUAUAAUGGACACCCGCAGCGAUAACACAAUAUUUAUUCAUUUGGCAUUUUGUAAUUUUAAUUCUUAAAUUUUACUUAAAAUCGGUUUUUUUUUUUUAGUAUAUAUUGCCUAUUACGAUAGUUUUCGGUCUUUGAGUAAAAAUAAUCACGAAAUAUUGGGCCUGCCCGUUUUGCACAAGAGUAACUCGCAACCACACGAAAUAGUGACCCGGAUCCCGUCAUCUUAACGACCGGAUUACAGGUUUGCAACAAAAAUUUACCAUUAUAAUAUUACACGUACAAUAAACUAGUAACAAUAAUUGAGUACGUUUAUAUUGUGAUUGAGUUAAAACGGUUUGAAAUUAAACGGUUUCUCUAAAUAUCUAUUAUACAUAAAUGCAUAAUGCUUAUACCCGUUUUUACAGUACCUACGUCCAAUGUCAAUAGAUACGAUAAUGUAAAGCGCGACUUAGCGAGCAUUUUGUAAACCGGUAUAAUAUUUAAUUUUAUUGUCUUAUUAAAAUCGAAUCGAAUAAACUUAACCGUAUUAUAUUUUGACAUAAUAGGAUUCGAGGAAGUAUUAAACGAGAAAAUCUGGACGUGACUUUUUUUAAAACGGGUAAUAAUAAUUGACCACGCGACGCGCAUUUUAAAAAAAUGACAAAGUUAAAGGAUAUAUCAAAACGCGUUUAUACCGUGUACCAGGGACGUGUUUUUUCUGUCGUAUUCAUUUGGUAAACCGUGUUUUAAACGCUCGAGAGACGGUUUUAAUUUUUAAACUAUCUCGUUUGCACGAGCGUUUUAAUCCCGGAAACGGUUUGGUGUCUUCAAACCGUUUGAAAACGUGUUUACCGUUUGUACGCGAUACGCGUAAGUUUUAGUUUCCGAACAGUUAACAUUGAAAACCGAUUUAACGUCAUCGCGUAAACACGCUAAUUGUCAUUGUAUUGGCCGUUUCAUUAGACGCGAACCGCCACCGCGGUUGACUGUCGCAAUAAUGAAAUUAUCGUACCCGUGCCAUCGUCCGCGCCAACCGGAUUUAAUAUUAUUGUCAAUAAGAGAAACAAAUUGCCGCGCGUGUUGUAUUAAAGCGACGGCGUUCCGGAUUACAUUAUCGUGCGGGUGCCGCACGUCACAUAGCGUAACGCACGGUUGUGUGUAUUUCGUAUUGUGUGAUGAUAUAAAAAAUGAUUAAUCGACGAAAUCGGAUUUCGUUCGAUAUCCGACGCGCGGUUUAUUCCGGUCGGUCGAAUUGAUUAAUAAUUAUUAACGGCAGCUCGCGCUGUGUACCGCAGUGCCGCGAACAUCACGGUGGAUGCGCACGGGGGUGGCUAUGCGCGGGUUGGCGACUGUCGGAAGUUAUUCCAAUAUACCCGGCCUAUUAUUAUUAUUAUUAUUAUUGAUUAUUAUUGAUUAUUAUUGAUUAUCAUCGAUUUCGGAGUUCGGACGAUUUAAAACGGUACAAAUCGAAGACGCGAGAUGCUACGGCGGGUGGUCUAUAUCGAUCAGCGAGACGCGGAUACUUAUGUACACACGCACUUGUAAUGAAUUAUCGAUGACGGUUUCGUCUGCCAGAACCGUGCGCUGCGUACGCGAUAAUAUUAAUCGACACGAUAACAUGCGUAUGGUCUGACGAUCGAUUUUUAUUAAACCGCGCGUUCGCUGUUGAUCGUAAUCUCUGAACCGCGCACGUGUAACUUCUAGGCAAGCGUGCGGUACAUUAUACGGUGGUUCCGAUAUCGUUAUAUUCGUUUCGUCCGACAUCAACCGCAGUCGAAACGGAUCUUUUAAAAGAGAAAUCUACCGGUGUACGCGAUUUUCCGUUUUACUCAAUACCGAGCGCGCGCGCGUUACAUCGCAACUGUUGCUCUUUUCAAUGGUAUAUAUUAUAUUGUUAAUUGUUUAACGUUUCCAAGAAGAACGGCGGUGUUAAUUAUACUGUGCGUAUUGUUUAACCCGUAGCGAAUAAAAAAAAAUCCCGUCUCGACCUUCCACCGUUUCCAAUAUGAUAUGUUAUUUUUGUAUAUUAUCGAUGUGAAAUGCGACCGUGAUGACUAAGAAUGCCACUGCCUAUACCGAUUUAGUGCGAAACGUACGGAGUUAUUACGUGUGAUACGUAGCAUUAUACAGAAAUACGUAACGGUGACAAUUUUUCGUGUGUCCGAUAUUAAAAUGGGGAAUUUAAUGGAAAACCGCAUGAAAUUCCUGUAAAACGAUACGAAAAACGUACAUUUUAAUUAAAACGAAAUAUGUAUCUCGAAAGUCGUACAUAAAAACGGGAUUCGCAUUGACUCAUCCCUGACUGUAUAAUAGGUAGGCGCUUGUAUUCUGCCGGUACUAAAAGUUUUGCUUCUCCUGUAAACAAUUUUAAAACAGCGGCUUACGACGUCUUCUACUUAGGCUAUUAUUACCUUAUUAUUUUAUACAAUUUUGUAACGAUAUCCGUUUAAUGGGAUUUCAGAUACCGUAUAUCUUUGUUUUAAAUCGUGCAAACUUAGAGAGAGAUCAAAAUGUCUACGACCGCGACAUCGAUACCACAACAUAAUGUGAAAUUGCGCCGUGAACUGGGUCUCUUCAGCGCAGUAUGUCUCAUUAUAAGCGUAAUGUUGGGUAAGUGAUUUUUGUUAUUAUUAUUCUUUACGUUCGUCGUUUUACCCAGUCGAAUAAAUAUUAUUGUUUAUGUUUUAUUCGCUUUAAUACAGGAUCGGGAAUUUUCGUGUCGGCGGGGAACGCUUUGAAGAACACGGGAUCCGUGGGCAUGUGCCUCGUGAUUUGGGCGUCUUGCGGCCUCUUGUCACUCUUGGGUAAGUUUUUUUUUCUAAACGUAAAAAUUAAUAGAUGAUAAUAACCCCCCCCCCUUCCAUACAAAUUUUAUAACAAAUAAGGGUGCGAAAACAAGUUCCGUGCAGGGAAGAAGGACUUAAGGACUUAAUUUUAAAUUGUUUACAAUACAAGCAAAUUACAUUUUGAAAAUACAUACACUUAUGCAAUUUAGAACAACAAAUAAAAUGAGACAAAAUUACGCAAGAUAAACUUAUAAAAACAAACGCCAGAAAUUGAUUUAAGUCCCUCUUCUUCGAGAUUACAGAUAUAAUUUCAUAUAAUAACCAGGGUUCUGUCGUAACUUAUAACAUUUUCAUUUUUAUUUUGAUAGGUCCUAGAGACACCUAUAAGUAAGCUAUGAAUUUAUUUCGUUUAUAGGUAAUCGACGAGUCAAAUUUGACAUUUUAUGAUGCAUAUUUGUGGUGUUAUUUUGCUAUCUUGGUUUGGUAUAUUUUAACAUUUUUAUUGCAUAUUUGUGCGUUUAUACGAAUGUUAUUAAGAACAUUUUAUUAUAUUUUUGUGUUAUUAAUAGAUUAACCUUUUUUUGAGCUAAAAGUUUCGAACUCUGUUGAUAAUAAUAAUAUGAAAAUACUUAUAUUAAUAUUAAAAAUAAUAUAUUUUUUUUUUCUACAGUUUUCUCAAUGUUCAAUUCAAAUUAAAUAUUAUAAAGUAACAGUUUACAAUUCCUACGUUAAUAAUAUUAUUAGUAGGCAUAUUAUUUACUAUAUUAUAAUGAUUUAAACAUUAAAUCGAUUAUAAAAUUCAUGUCAAUACGCUUAAUAUUAUAUUAAUUUGAUUGCAAAAAGCGUCAAAAUGUUUUUGUUUGCGUUAAAUAUAUAUAUAUAUAUAUAUAAAUUUGGUGGUAGGACAGUUUUAAUAAUAGUCAUCUAAAAAUUAAUAACGAACGGUUUUGUUUUUCCAUUUUUUAUCGCACGCUUUAAAAUGUAUUAUACUUACCGCACUACUACGUCAUCAUGCGAUGACACGACUUAAUAAUUUUGGUAAUAAAAUACGUUACAAUAAAUUAAAAUCAAAUAGUUAAAACGCACUACAAUUCGAGGCGAAAUUUCAAUAAAUAUCCCAUCGUAUUGGUAUAACUACAUUUUUUUAAUGAUAUAUAUUUGGUAAUCUAUUAUAUAAAUACGAUGUAUCAAAGUUGAAUGUUAUUUAUGUUAUCAGUGUUAUCACAGUAAACCCUAAAAUUAAUAAAUUUCAGUCAUUGGCAGAUAAUAUUACAUAAUGUAUUAUAUAUGCACGUGCAUAAUACGUGUAUACAUUAAUAUAUGUAGACAUAUAAAAAAAUUAUAAUAAUUAUAAUUAGUAUUUUUGAAUAUUGAAAAAUAUGUCGAGCAUAAUAAUACAUUCUCUAGCAAUGAAAUUCGAUAUUGUAAUAUUUGUUUAUUUUCGGGUGUUAUUUAGAGGGAUAUUAAGAAACAUUUUUUUUUUGAAAUCUGUUUUCCCCAAAAGUUUAUUUUCUUAAUAGUUCAUUUUCCAUGAAAUAUUACAUUUUCGAGUACAAAAAAAAAAAAAAAAAUGAUUUAUUUAAAUAUAUUAUGUACAGACUAUAUACACACAAGUGUCUCACGAAUUAUACAUCUGCGUUUUAUAAAUUAUUGUCAAAAUUAGUGUUACCGACGACACUUUGUGAUUUUCCAUCAAUAAAAUAUUAUUAUAAUGCGAGAAUGUUUAGUGACUGUACCCGCACUGUGCCAAAGUUCAGACCACUGCUGCAUUGAGCUGACGUCCAGAAUAGCGGGUAUUUUUAUUUCAAAUUUUCGCGCGGAAAAUACUAAAUGCGAUGGAAAAAAAAAAUAAAAAUUUACUUAUUUUUGAAAAAUUUAGAUUGGGAGAAUCUUUUUCGGUAAAUAUGAAAAUUGUGGAAAAUUAGAUUGGAUAUAUUAGAUUUGGAAAAAUUUAGGAAAAGUAAAAGUAUGUGCUGCAACCAUUAUUAGAUAAUGUCAGUGUGAUAAGCGUUUUUAAAUGCGAGAAACCUUUGUGUUGAAAAAUAGUAUUUACGAUUUAGGUUAAAACAGCCUACUAUGAAAAUUAAAUAACAUUACUUUGCCUAGGGAAUCACGUAUCUAUUUAGCUACAUAUUAUUAUAAAUUAUGAAAAAAUGUUAUGACUUUUUUAGUUAUAAAAACGGCCACUUUUUAAUUUUGAAUAUAUAUUUACCGUCAAAUUUGAGUAAAAUUAAAAUCAAUAGAUGAAUGUCACAGCCGCAUAGACGAUGUCUAUAAUUUUCAUAACGAGUAAAAAUUCUUUGAAUCACUUUGAAGAGUUGGUAGAUUUUACCGUAAUAUGUAUGGUGAACGUCAUACUUUUGAAGAAAUUUUAUGGCAACAGAAUAAAAUCUACGGGAUCUUUUUUAAUGAUUUAUUCGAAUAAUAAUUUCGGUUCGAUAAAUGUAUUAAUUUUUCCAAAAACGUCGUUGAAAUUCGGUCCUAUACGUGACCCCGUAAAUGUAUUCAUUUUAAUUUUGCAAAAAUAAAAACCGUUUCGAUGUCCGACAGGGGCCUUGUCGUACGCCGAACUGGGCACGGUGGUGAACAAAUCUGGCGGCGAGUUCAGCUUCUACCAGGCCGCUUUCUCCGACAAGCACAAGUUCUGGGGACCUCUGCCCAGUUUCAUAUACUCUUGGGUGAGCAUCAUGUACGUCCGUCCCGCCGAAGUGGCCAUCAUCAUACUGACGUUCGCCGAAUACUCCAUCCAGCCGAUCAGCAUAGCCACCGGGAUGGACGAAGAAAACGUGUACGUGCUGAAGAAAAUCGUCGCCAUACUAACGCUCGGUAUGUUCUGGAAAAUAUUGUUCUUUGAUUUAAAAAUAAUUGCCGUGUUUCGGCGGUGCGGUUUUUAAACGACCGGCAGUACUGUACAGCGAAUAAAUCGUUUUUGGCGAUAUUUCGACCAAAGCGGCAAACAAUACAGCGGGGAAUCGUUUACCGAAAAUUGCGUCGCCAUAACGCGGUGCGUUGCUUUCAUAAUAUUCCGGGUGCGUGUUCGGUUCGGUGACGCCGCGCACUCGUAUACGCGCCGAAAUAUUAUUGUUAUUUCGUAACGACGUUUUUACCUACGUAUUCCGUUUGUUUCAAUUUAUUUUUUUUCUCCGAUUUCUCAGGUAUCAUUACUUUCAUCAAUUACACCAGUGUCAAAUGUUUCGUCAAAAUCCAAAACUUAUUCACCAUGUGCAAAGUGGCGGCUUGUAUAUGCGUCAUCGGCGGCGGACUGUAUCAACUCUACAUAGGUAAAAUGUGAUAAUUAUUAUUAUCAAAUAAUAAAUACCCGUAUAUUAGUCAUAAAAAAAAAAAAAAAUCAAGAAACACGUUAUUACACUAUGUUUUUAACAGGUAACACUGCGAAUUUGAUGACCGGUUUUAAAGGCACGACCCUAUCGAUCGAAACGCUGCCCAUAGCUUUUUACAGCGGACUUUGGGCGUACGACGGAUGGUAAGUCAUCGCCGUUGUUAUUGUUGUUUUUACGAUUGGGUAUUCGCGAUUUUCGAUAUUGAUACAAGUAAUGUUUUACGCGUGUUACAGGACCGCUUCGACCGUGGUCUCGGAAGAAAUCAAAAACCCUCAAAGGUACAUGACUUUCUAUUACCCAUCGUUUCUAUUGUGUAACUCGUCAUUUGGUUGGCGGAACUCAAAUCGGGGCUCAAAUUUGCAACCUAUUAAUUGUUUGACGUUAAUUUAUCGAUAUGUUACAGAAAUAUAUUGCUCAGUAUUCUCUUGGCAGUGCCGUUCGUCACGCUCAUUUACGUUUUGAUAAACGUAUCGUAUCUAACGGUUUUGACGGUCGACGAAAUGAUGGAAGCCCCCGCCGUGGCGGUCGUAAGUACAAAUUUUACUCUGUAUAAUGUAACGAUACAAUUUCGAUAAAACCGUUGAUGCCUAUUUGUUAUGUUAAAAAAAAAAAAUUAUUUUUUUUUGUUUUAGAUAUUCGGAGCUCGAGCAUUAGGUCAUUUUAGUUGUAUCAUUCCCUUUGGUGUAGCCGCAGCAACGUUCGGUUGUGCGCUCAGCGUUCAGUUCGGUAUAACAAGGUCGGUUUCAAUUUUCAUUUGAAAAUACAUAUAUGCAUACGAAAAUUGAUGCAUUUGUUUAAGGUUUUUUUUUCUUCGAUAUUGUAUAUUUUAAUCAUUGCAUAUAGGUUAUGUUUCGCUGCGAGCAGAGAAGGUCAGAUGUUAGAAGUCUUCUCUUACGUGAGCGUCAAAAGGCUAACGCCUGCUCCCGCAGUCGUUUUACAGGUCAGAUAUCAUUAGUUCGUAGAGCAUAAUAAAAUAAAUUAUCAUACAUUUUUAAUUAACUCUAUUCGUUUCCAUACACGCGUGAGAAUUCGAUAGUGAAACUAACGAUAACGGGGUUUUUUUUUUGUCUUACAGGGUCUGCUCACUUUAAUUUGUCUAUUGUGCGGAGACAUCGUAGCGUUAAUAGAGUUUGCCAGUUUCUUGGUGUGGAUGUUCUACGGUAUCUCCAUGGUGGCAUUGUUAGUGAUGCGUUUUACCAAGAGAGACGUUAAACGUCCGUUCAAAGUAAACACAUCACAUUGUAUUGUCGUAGUAACGACAUUAACAUAUUACUAUCGCCUCUAUGGUGGUGCCAAACGUUGUUUUCUCCCCCGUGUCCUACUAUGGACGUUAUAAAAUAUAUAGGAUACUAUAUGUAUAUGUAUAAUGAGGGGGGGGAAAUAAUUACUUGGAUAAUAAUGAUCCCAUGAUGAAAGAAUUCAUCUUAUCGGAUCGACGAAUCAAAAUAUUGUUCUGCGGGUAUGUAUUUUGUUAUCAAUUGUCACCUCUAUGGUGGCGCUAAAAGUUAUUUGUCUCCGAUGCCCUGCUAUGGGCUUUAUAGGAUAAAAAAAAAUAUAGCAUGGUGAAAGUAUUCAUCUUACGCGCUUAUUAUAAUAUAAUUUCCAACAGCAUUUUCGAUAUACCUACUUGAUUAUAAAUUAGGUUAUUAUUUUCUUGUAUGGGAACUUAUACUCCGUCCCGAACACACACCGUCACACCGGCGACCAAAUACUGUGAUCGGUAUUAUAUGGUUUAUAAAGCUGACGUGCGGAUGGCAAUAAUGUUUACGGUAACGAAUUGAAAUUCUAUACGAACGCUAUAGUUGUGCCUACCUACCCAUUACCACCUAUCUAUCUGCCCCGCAGGAAGUAUGUAGCUAAAAACACGUAUCGUUUGAGCACGCAACGGGGUUAAGCGAAAUGUUCGCCGUUAUUAAUGUAUACAUUUUUUUUUUUCCCAACCCGUUCUGCAGGUGCCCAUUAUCAUUCCGAUAUUCGUGCUCGUCAUGUCGACCAUUCUGUUCCUGACGCCCAUAAUCAGUAAUCCCAAACCUCAGUUCCUCAUAGGCCUGGUGUUCAUAUUGUCAGCGUUUUUGAUAUACAUUCCGUUUGUGUAUCAGAAGACGAGGUUCCCGAUAGUCGGUGCGUACAACUAUUAACAUUGUUAUUUAUUUAUUUGAUUGUUAUUCUGUUUUUUUUUUUUUUUGUCUUCUGCAGAUGAUUUCACCAAAUUCAUCCAGAUGGUGAUGAAGGUCGUACCGCCCGAGAACGACGAUGCCGAUGAGGAGACUUGCCGGAGGUGCGUGGACGAUGUCGACGACAUUCCUGGAGUCAUCGAUGUGAUGCUCACUGAAAAAGUGUAACUACCAAGUAUUAAUCGGAUUCCAGUACGUCCAGUCCAGUACUCGAAUCGUACCCCGCCCCUCCCGUCGCCACAUUUGGCGCACAUCAGUCUGUGAUAAUAGUUUAAAAAACCGUCAAAACACAUAAUAAUGCUGUAUUUAAGUAUUUUAUUUAUUUAUUAUAUUAUGUACAUUGUACCUGUGUGUACAUGACUAAAUUAUUGUGUUUAACUUAUAAUGUAUAUAACAUUUUUUUUUUUUUU